UUUGAAGUAUGUGUUGACAAUGACAUAGAAUGCUGCUUGUCUUGAAGCCAUAAUUAAAUUGUUCGCGAUGAUAUCCUUUGUCUUGAAGUUGAUUUUACCAGAGAGAAAAGGAUUUAUGUCACUACUCAAAGAGUUGAAAUAUGAUGUUUGUUCCUACUGUUUAUCGAGACAUGCAUCUACGAGUACGAAUAUAUAAGCCAGUCGGAUCUACGAGGUCUUUUUUGCAAUAAGAUUACUUCUCUAGAUAACCUGUGUAUCGAUCAAUUGACCUUGGCGCAUCAUCUUCUUUGCAAUACCUUUACUCAAUUUCAAACUAUACCUAUUCACACAUUCUAUCACCUAAUAUUUAAACGAUUUAUAUCACGAUGGGGCUGAGCACUAAAGCUAGUCAGAAGCUUAUUGACGACCUAGGUUUGAAUUGGUCGCCACGCCAGAGAGACAAGUACCUUGCUAACAUCAAGGUCGUUGACCUGCCACGACUCAGCCAGGAAUAUCCGCCAAAUGAAUGUUUUAUGGUGGAGACCCCCGAGACGACAAAACAAUGGGAGGAGAAUUGGAAAGAUCAGCUGGAACGUCCGGAGCUUGACUUCUGUGUGCCCUAUGAAGUCUUGAACCUCGAUUACACACGCAUGAGGCAUAUCAUCCAACAAGACGAGAGCGUCAUUUUCCGUGACCUCGAUUCCAAGGAGAUUGUUCUUGUGGUGCUUCGUGACUUCGUGCCCGACGAGGACCUGAGGAAGAAAAUGGAAGGCGUGUGCCAGAAAGCUUCAUCGCAUUUUGUGUGCACAGGGCGCCCGGGCCCGGGAAGCAUCUGCUACUUCGGGUACGAUUGCGGCAUCUCGUCUGAACACCACAUGAAGCUCCUCGGAGAGCGGCAGAGACUGGAAAAGGACGGCGAGUCAACGCCUGAGAUGGAAAGAGAUAACGAAGCACAGGGCAUGGCUGGGAUCGUCUGGAACCUGAUGAAAUCCAAGUUCCCUCCCGAGAUUACCGCCGAUUUCAACGACACUAUUCGAAAAUGCGACUUGCCCCGAAUGGACAAGAUGAAGGAUGACGAAUCGUUCACGUUCGAGGUAGGCGGCGAGGCUGUCACUUUUGAGACGGGUGAGAACGGGCUGGAACUGCCGCCACCAUCAGCCGAGGCAAUUGUUAAUUAUGCCAGCAUCACCGAGCGCAAAGACUGGUUCGCCAACUCCUUCGUCGCUUCUUACACCGCUACCGCCCCUGACGACCACACCAAGGGAGGCAACUUCUACCUGGCGUCGUACGGCAUCUUGGUGCUUGCCGCUUCUAACACGGCGACCGCGUGGCGUUAUUUGGACUUCCACGGCACUACGCUCUACGAGGUGAAGCCGGAACCCGAUGAGCGACCAGGCAAUGAGGCUCGUAAGGACGGGGGUUUGAAUACGGGUUUUAGUUUCGACAUUGCGAUCGGGCUCAGGGUGCUCCGGAAGGAGUGUCCCUUGAUUGUCGAACGCCGAAGAGGGAGGGUAACCAAGGCGACUUCGCCGAAAGCGGGUUUGCCAGAGACUCAGGCGACGGCUCCUUUGUACCAGUAUGGACUGCGUCCAAGAACUAGUAUCCCGAACUAUUAUGAGAGCGAGUUGGAACCAUUCACAGACACCGAGUCUACAGCUGUGGGGUCUGGCGAAUUUGGCUUGAAAUCCGAGUAUCAAACCGAGACUGAAACCGAUUGGACCGAGACCGAAACUGAAACCGAAACCGAGACCAGAGUCGGAAGCGGAAGCCUAACUGGUCCUCAAUCAGAGUUCUCUCCCAUCUACCAGGCCUAUGGAACAGUCUCGAAUCUUCCCAAACUUUCGUAAGAAAAUUUACCAAGCCAUUACAAACCCAAUAAAAUAGAAAAAAAAAGUUUUAUUCUUCGCUCAAUAGAUAUCUAGAAUACCUAAU